GAGAUGGGAUUCUACGUCCAGUGACCUUCCUGGCCCUGCCACAUAUGCUCUUCUCCCAGCUUAAAAUCCUCCCCAAAAAACUGAUGGGACGGAGAGAAAGAAGAUGGGGGCAGAGAAGAGGAGGAGAUUAUCAAGGGAAGCAUUGGCUGGCUUAAAGUUCUUCCAGCUUCCCACAUAUGCAUUCCAUCUCUCCAACUGGAUUGUUGAACUAUUUAAAGGGAGCCCAGGGAAGAUGGAGACGGAUUCAGGAGCGCAAACCACAAAUCAGACACAAACAGAUUCUUUAUCUCCAUCCCCCAAUCCUGUGUCACCUGUGCCUUUGAAUAACCCAACAAGCGCCCCAAGAUUUGGAACCGUGAUUCCUAAUCGUAUCUUCGUGGGAGGGAUUGACUUUAAGACUAAUGAAAAUGACUUAAGGAAAUUUUUUGCCCAGUAUGGGUCUGUGAAAGAAGUGAAGAUUGUAAAUGACAGAGCUGGAGUGUCAAAAGGGUAUGGUUUCAUCACUUUUGAAACACAAGAAGAUGCGCAAAAAAUUUUGCAAGAGGCAGAGAAACUUAAUUAUAAAGAUAAGAAACUGAAUAUCGGCCCAGCAAUAAGAAAACAACAAGUAGGGAUUCCUCGUUCUAGUAUAAUGCCAGCAGCUGGAACAAUGUACCUGACUACUUCAACUGGCUAUCCUUACACCUACCAUAACGGUGUUGCAUAUUUUCAUACUCCUGAAGUAGCUUCUGUCCCACCACCUUGGCCUUCACGAUCUAUAUCUAGUUCCCCUGUGAUGGUAGCUCAACCUGUUUAUCAGCAACCCGCAUAUCAUUAUCAGGCACCUGCACAAUGUCUUCCAGGACAAUGGCAGUGGGGAGUCCCCCAGUCUCCAGCUUCUUCAGCCCCAUUUUUAUACCUACAGCCAUCUGAGGUUAUUUAUCAGCCCGUAGAAAUUGCACAAGAUGGUGGGUGUGUUCCCCCUCCUCUUUCUCUAAUGGAAGCUUCAGUUCCAGAGCCUUAUUCUGAUCAUGGAGUUCAAGCAACAUAUCAUCAGGUUUAUGCCCAAAGUGCAAUUGCUAUGCCUGCGCCAGUGAUGCAGCCUGAACCAAUUAAAGAACCAAGGUUACAUUCUGUGAGAAGAAGUUUUUCUCAGCCUUCAUCUGUGGGACUGAAACCUCGAUAUACCCGAAGCCCUCACUUUCAUCCUAGGAAAGAAUUCAGAGCAGAAGAUUCAAUUCUUACUCCACCUUCUUCUACUGACUCUGAAUUUCUUUUUUCAGAUGUUUAGAAACUGUCAUGAAAACCCAACCAUUAAACUCCAUUCAAUUAACCAGUAUUCAUGUGUUUUCUGUAAUUUGGUAUAUCUUUUAUUUUUCUCUGUACGUAAUGACUCUGAAUACCAAAAUAGGCUUCCUUAAUAUGGUAACUUUUGCUGUCAUAAUUUGAUUUAAUCAAUCACAUUUCGGUAAUUUAAUAAAAAUCAACCAGAACACAUAGGUUAAAAUUUUUCUGUAUUUUAGAUGAAAAGAUUUAGGAAGUUUUAAGGAUGCGCCUUCUCUAAAAAAAAGUUAACAUAGACAUUUUAAGUAUUAAAGUAAGUUAGUGCAGUAAUUUCAGCUCAUCUGGAUUGAAGGUUUCUUCACUUUAUGACAGCUUCUAUUAAAGGAAAAAAACCUUUAAAAAGUCAUUUUUAAAAUAAAUUCAA